AUGAAUAAAGAAGUCCCUAGUAUAAAGAUUAAGGAUGAAUUUGUUAAUUCAUCAGAUAUAAAACGACAAUUAUCCCAAAGUAUGGGAACUUCAGGAGGUAUUUCCAAACCUACGAGUAGAAGAGGUUCAAUUGUACCGAAUGAUGAUGACGAUGAUGAUGAAGGAAAUGAACGUAAACGUAGAGAUAAUAUAAAUGAAAAAAUUCAAGAAUUAUUAACAUUAGUACCAUCGGAAUUGUUUAAUGAUAACAACAAAACCGAAGAUAUUGACUUGCAAAUUAAAAAUAGUGGUACAAAGGAUGGUAAACCUAAUAAAGGUCAAAUAUUAACCAAGUCAGUAGAAUAUAUUCAAUAUUUACAGAACAAGAUCGAUGAAAAUAAUAGAAAAGAAGUUGAAAUGUUAGUGAAAUUAAGAUAUUUAACUAAUGGUGAUAAAACUAUCUCUCAUACAAGUGCUGAAAAGGCAUUGGGAGAAAUCGGUGUUGGGCCGUUAUCACAAGACUAUUUCAAAGCCGUAUUGGUUGGAAGUGCAAAUGCUAAUAAAGCAAGAAAGUCUUCAGUAUAA